CUGCGACGGAGGGCUCCAGUGCCGCCCUUGACGUUGGGCAUUAUGUAUAUAAGCAGCGGACGCGUUGGUUCGUGUCGACAUCCGAGCUUGCUUGUUCCACGUCUCGUUGCUGCUCGCUAUUACUCCUAGAACAUGACUUCAAAGUCCGACUCACGCACCGUACUGAUCGCUGGAGCAGGGCCGACUGGUCUUAUUGCUGCUCUCGUGCUGAGUCUGAAUGGUGUCCCCGUCCGGAUCAUCGAGAAGGAGGGUCAUUUGACGCUCGGUGAAAGAGGCCCUGGUCUUCAGCCGCGAUCACUCGAACUACUCUCGUUCGCAGGCGUAUUGGAUGAUUUCAUGAAGAUCGCCAGAAACGUGCCGCCUGUUCGUAUGUUCAAGGAGGGACUCCCGGAUCCGAUCUACACUCCGAUUUCGGCGGAAAUGAGCCCAACGCCCUCGCGUCCGAUUACCCGAACAGCUAUGCUCGGUCAAUCCCGGAUCGUCCGUUUUCUCGAGGAUAAACUGAGGAAAUAUGGCGUCUCAGUCGAAACCGGUAUCGCAAUCCAUGGCCUUGAGCAGGAUGCAGACGGGGUGACCGUACACGUCGUUAAAGCUGAAAAUGAGGGACAACAGGUGGAGGAGACGUUGCGCGUCGGCUGGGUCAUAGGAGCGGACGGAGCUAGAGGAGCCGUAAGGAAGCUCUUGGGCCUUACCUUUAGAGGCGAGAGUCACCCCGGCCUUUGGCUCGUCUGCGAUGUAGAGCUCGAGCAGCCUUGGACGGAUGCCGACGACUACUUCAACGGCUGGGGCGAUUUCAACGACGUGCUAUUGAUGAUCCGCCCAUCGGCAAGAGACACGCCCCGCCUAGGACAGAUGUUGUUGGCGGGGAACGAUUUCAACGCGGCGCAUUAUCUGGAUCAUAGCGAGGAGAUCUUGAAGCUGGCGAACGAGAAGAUCACGGUCCCGAGCAUCCGAUUGGCGAAGGUGUUGUGGGCCUCAGAGUACAAACCGAGCAGCCGUAUGGUAGAGAAGUUCUCGGAAGGACGCGUUUUCGUUGCGGGAGAUGCCGCUCAUAUUCAUCCUCCUACAGGCGGACAGGGGCUCAACUCCGGCUUGCAAGACGCAGUCAAUCUAGGGUGGAAACUGGCCCUGGUUGAUCGCGGCUAUGCUCCUCCCUCGAUUCUGUCAAGCUAUAGCGAGGAACGGCACCCCGUCAUCAGGGCGAUGCUCCAGCUCACAGGCGACCUCUACACGAAGACGCGGGGUGCGAAUAUCAAAGAGAGCCUCAACAGGAGCACACCCGUGUACAUGCUCGAGAUCAACUAUCGAUGGAGCGGUAUCGUCGUAGACGACCGCGUAGAUCCGAACUCUCCAGAGAAGAAAGACACCUCGCGAGCGUACGCAGGCAACGAGGACGGCGUGCACGCGGGGGACAGGGCACCGGAGGCACCCGAGUUGGAGGUGGUUCGAGCCUCGGCGGCGGCGUCUCUUGAAGGCCAAGAACCGACGUCGAUCUUCAAGCUCUUCAAGCUGACGAAGCACACCGCGCUCAUCUUCGUCAAGCAGAACGCCGAUUCCUCCAUCAUCGCUGCGUUCCUGCAGGCUUUAGCUUCGUUCCCUCCAGAGACUGUGCAGACCGCCGUGGCCAUAUCGCCUUCUGUCACCAACGAGCAGAAGGCCACAUUUGCGACGCUGACCGAAGGAGCCGAUGUCGUACUGCUGGAUAAGGCAGGGCACGCGUUCCGCGAGUAUGGGGUCGGAGAUGAUCACAGUCAGGCGCUGGUGCUUGUCCGGCCAGAUGGAUAUGUCGGGGCGUAUGUUUACGGAACAGAAGGCCUGAAGAAGUACACGGAAGCGCAGUUCGGAGGCGCUACUAGCGUCGUCAAGUCGAGCUGAAUGCUCUGUGGACGAGAGUUGCGUUUAGACGUAUCGUGCCUAGUCAACAAGUGGUGUCUCACAUAGCACUAUCUGUCGG